CCCGGAAGGCAGGAGGAGAGGGCAGGAGGGAAACUGCACUCGCCUCCCUCCCGCUCCGUGGCCACAGGUCCCUGCAAGAAAGACCCCGUCCCACUCUCUGAGGUCUCCUCCCAGCUCCAGAAAAGGGGACAUUCCACCUAGUCUGCCCAACAAGUAGGUCUCAGCCACUGUGCCAGGAGCUCGGGACUCCCUCCCUCCAGAGGUUUCUGGAAUGCAUUCAGCAGGAAAAGCUAAAAGAACAGGACUCCAGGAGAUAAGCCAAGGCCAAGUCUAUCAGAGGAUCUGACCCAACAAGUAGCACUGACAUUUUUACGUUUGCUGGAUGUACACACGGAAGUGGAGGAGGAGGAGGAGAAGGAGGGCAGCUCCUUAGCUCCAGAGCAAGUGGCCCAAGGCCUCAGAAGACUAGAAGGAAGUUCCUGGCCAUUCAGCAUGGUUUCCCACGGGUCCUCGCCCUCCCUCCUGGAGGCCCUGAGCAGCGACUUCCUGGCCUGUAAAAUCUGCCUGGAGCAGCUGCGGGCACCCAAGACACUGCCCUGCCUGCAUACCUACUGCCAGGACUGCCUGGCACAGCUGGCGGAUGGCGGCCGCGUCCGCUGCCCCGAGUGCCGCGAGACAGUGCCUGUGCCGCCCGACGGUGUGGCCUCCUUCAAGACCAACUUCUUCGUCAAUGGGCUGCUGGACCUGGUGAAGGCCCGGGCCUGUGGAGACCUGCGUGCCGGGAAGCCAGCCUGUGCCCUGUGUCCCCUGGUGGGUGGCACCAGCGCUGGGGGGCCGGCCACGGCCCGGUGCCUGGACUGUGCCGAUGACUUGUGCCAGGCCUGUGCCGACGGGCACCGCUGCACCCGCCAGACCCACACCCACCGCGUGGUGGACCUGGUGGGCUACAGGGCCGGGUGGUAUGAUGAGGAGGCCCGGGAGCGCCAAGCGGCCCAGUGUCCCCAGCACCCCGGGGAGGCACUGCGCUUCCUGUGCGAGCCCUGCUCGCAGUUGCUGUGCAGAGAGUGCCGCCUAGACCCCCACCUGGACCACCCCUGCCUGCCUCUGGCCGAGGCUGUGCGUGCCCGGAGGCCGGGCCUGGAGGGACUGCUGGCUGGUGUGGACAAUAACCUGGUGGAGCUGGAGGCCGCGCGGAGGGUGGAGAAGGAGGCGCUAGCCCGGCUGCGGGAGCAGGCGGCCCGGGUGGGGACUCAGGUGGAGGAGGCGGCUGAGGGCGUCCUCCGGGCCCUGCUGGCCCAGAAGCAGGAGGUGCUGGGGCAGCUACGAGCCCACGUGGAGGCUGCCGAAGAAGCUGCUCGGGAGAGGCUGGCGGAGCUUGAGGGCCGGGAGCAGGUGGCCAGGGCGGCAGCCGCCUUCGCCCGCCGGGUACUCAGCCUGGGGCGAGAGGCUGAGAUCCUCUCCCUGGAAGGGGCGAUCACGCAGCGGCUCAGGCAGCUGCAGGGCUGCCCCUGGGCACCGGGCCCGGCCCCCUGCCUGCUCCCACAGCUGGAGCUCCAUCCUGGGCUCCUGGACAAGAACUGCCACCUUCUUCGGCUGUCCUUUGAGGAGCAGCAGCCCCAGAAGGAUGGUGGGAAAGACGGAGCUGGUACCCAGGGAGGUGAGGAGAGCCAGAGCCGGAGGGAGGAUGAGCCGAAGACUGAGAGACAGGGUGGAGUCCAGCCCCAGGCCAGAGAUGGAGCCCAGACCCCAAAAGAGGAAAAAGCCCAGACAACCCGAGAAGAGGGAGCCCAGACCUUGGAGGAGGACAGGGCCCAGACACCCCACGAGGAUGGAGGACCCCAGCCCCACAGGGGUGGCAGACCCAACAAGAAGAAAAAGUUCAAAGGCAGGCUCAAGUCAAUUUCCCGGGAGCCCAGCCCAGCCCUGGGGCCGAAUCUGGACGGCUCUGGCCUCCUCCCCAGACCCAUCUUUUACUGCAGUUUCCCCACGCGGAUGCCUGGAGACAAGCGGUCCCCCCGGAUCACCGGGCUCUGUCCCUUCGGUCCCCGGGAGAUCCUGGUGGCAGAUGAGCAGAACCGGGCACUGAAACGCUUCUCCCUCAACGGCGACUACAAGGGCACCGUGCCGGUCCCUGAGGGCUGCUCCCCUUGCAGCGUGGCCGCCCUGCAGAGCGCGGUGGCCUUCUCCGCUGGCGCACGGCUCUAUCUCAUCAACCCCAACGGCGAGGUGCAGUGGCGCAGGGCCCUGAGCCUCUCCCAGGCCAGCCACGCGGUGGCGGCACUGCCUAGCGGGGACCGCGUGGCCGUCAGCGUGGCGGGCCACGUGGAGGUGUACAAUAUGGAAGGCAGCCUGGCCACCCGGUUCAUUCCUGGGGGCAAGGCCAACCGGGGCCUGCGGGCGCUGGUGUUUCUGACCACCAGCCCCCAGGGGCAUUUCGUGGGGUCGGACUGGCAGCAGAAUAGUGUGGUAAUCUGUGAUGGGCUGGGCCAGGUGGUUGGGGAGUACAAGGGGCCAGGCCUGCAUGGCUGCCAGCCGGGCUCCGUGUCUGUGGAUAAGAAGGGCUACAUCUUUCUGACCCUUCGAGAAGUCAACAAGGUGGUGAUCCUGGACCCGAAGGGGUCCCUCCUUGGAGACUUCCUGACAGCCUACCACGGCCUGGAAAAGCCCCGGGUUACCACCAUGGUGGAUGGCAGGUACCUGGUCGUGUCCCUCAGUAACGGGACCAUCCACGUCUUUCGGGUCCGUUCUCCGGACAGUUAAAGGGGCUAGGACUAGGGUGGGAGGGAGGGGGGAGGGAGAGGGCAGGAAGGAGGCAGAGCUGUCCGUGGGAGGUGGAGGCCGAGGACAUUUUCCUGAAGGGCAGGGGUUGGCAACUUUUCAACAUGGAGUGCCAAACUGCUAACCCGUCUUCUAGUGUGUGAGAAUAGGGACCAAGGUGGUGGCGUGAACUUAACUCUCAGAAGCAGAGGAGGCAGGUGGGUGGAGGGGGAUGCUGGGAGUUCACCUGCCUCUUGCUUUUUGUGGGUGGCUGCUGCCACCACCGCCGCUGCUAUAUAGUUUAGGUUUCUGAGGUUUGUGAGCCUGUCCUGCUUUGCAUUCUUCAAAACCAUUCCUGAUAGAGUAGCCAAGGGAGAGUCUUGGGGCCAAGAAGGGCCCAGGGUGGGUCAGGCGUGUGCAUUGUGGAACAGAGCUGAGACCCCGGCCCCCCUUGGACUGGCACAGGGUCCUACAGAGUCAGAGGAGGCCUGAAAUUUCGAAUGGGCAGUGAAUGGCCUCUUCUGCCAGCCACAGGCAGGAUGCUCCUGUGAUCACGGCAUCCCUCGGCGGUAGUACAGGGUGGGCUUGUGGGAGGGUCUGCAAGUGCAGACAGCAGCUGGGGCCAAAGAGGUGUUAGGUUCAAAGGCUGCGAAGAGAAUAGGCUACUGGAAAACCAAACCCAACAGAAUUCACAUCCAAAAAUCCACAUUCUCCAUCGCUUCUCAGCCUUUUGGCUAAGAUUAAGUAUUAAAAAAAAAACCAGGCUCUGCCAGGCGCAGUGGCUCAUGCCUAUAAUCCCGGCACUUUGGGAGUCUGUGGCAGGAGGAUUGCUUGAGGCCAGGAGUUUGAGACCAGCCUGGGCAACAUAGCGAGACCCCAUCUCUACAAAAGAUUAAAAAUUAGCUGCGUGUAGUAGCAUAUGCCUUUCAACGUAGCUACUCAGGAGGCUGAGGUGGGAGGAUCCCUUGAGCCGAGGAGUUUGAGUCUGCAGUGAGCUAUGAUCGCACCACUGCAUUCCAGACCCCAUCUCGAAAAAAAAAAAAAAAACAGACACAACAGAAAAAGCAGGUUAUCCAUCACUUCUCAGCUAAGAUCAAGUGUUAAAAUAAAUAAAUAAAUAAAUAACAAGUUAUGAGUGUCAGAGCAGGGGAGCCCUCCACGCAGCCACAGAGCCAGUCUGAGGGAAGAGGUACAUAGGAUAGAAAAAUCUCUAGGCUCCAACGCUUCUGUUUUGGUGUCUUUCCAUUUCCCAGGGUCUAUGUGUUGCCUUCUCUUCAUUUUCCAGCAAAAUUCCUUUUGAGAUAUGUUGGCCUUCACUCGGCUGAACUAGGGGGUGAAGGAAGGUUGUCCUCUGUGGCCCACUAUUGCUGGGGAAACAGCUAAACCCUGCAGGCCAAGUGGAACUUGGAGGUGCCAAGAAAACCUAGAAGGUGCAAUGGGGCUGCGAUGGAUAGAGGUGUCAAACCAGAAGGGAGGAACCCGUCGGAGGUGGGCUGUGACCACUGGACCUUUUCAUAAGUGGUGGCAGUGGUAGAAUUGAGGGAGCAAGUAGGCUUGGAGAAUGUUUUUAGCCAGGAGCUGUUGAGAGAUGGCAGAAGGGGGUCUUAAUGUGGGGACUGUGGACAGUGGGGCAUUCGUGGGAACCAGAGGGAUUUUGGACAAGUCCAGAUGGAAUGUGCAGGGCAUAGGUAGAGGGAAAAGAAAAUCCCUUUCUGGGAAAACCAUUUCUUGUUUAUUGAAACAAUGCGGGACAUCAUCAAAGUCCGGGUGGGCACAUUCCAUUAUCUACAAAUUACAAAGGUAGGCACAGCAAAGAAUAAUGAAGAUUAUAAGAAAACCAAGCGCCAGGCACGGUGACUCAAGCCUGUAAUCCCAGCACUCUGGGAGGCUGGGGUGGGUGGAUCACUCAAGGUCAGGAGUUCGAGACCAGCCUGGCCAACAUGGAGAAAUCCCAUCUCUACUAAAAAUACAAAAAUUAGCUAGGCGUGGGAGCGGGCGUCUGUAAUCCCAGCUACUUGGGAGGCUGAGGCAGGAGAAUCAUUUGAACCCAGGAGGUGGAGGUUGCAGUGAGCUGAGAUCGCACCCUUGCACUCCAGCCUGGGUAACAAGAAUGAAACUCCAUCUCAAAAAAAAAGAAAAAGAAAAGAAAGAAAGAAAACCAAGGUCCCUCUCCCUCUCCCUCUCCGUCUCCCCACGGUCUCCCUCUCCCUCUCUUUCCACGGUCACGGUCUCCCUCUGAUGCCGAGCCGAAGCUGGACUGUACUGCUGCCAUCUGGGCUCACUGCAACCUCCCUGCCUGAUUCUCCUGCCUCAGCCUGCCGAGUGCCUGCGAUUGCAGGCGCGCGCCGCCAGGCCUGACUGGUUUUCAUAUUUUUUUGGUGGAGACGGGGUUUCACUGUGUUGGCUGGGCUGGUCUCCAGCUCCUAACCGCGAGUGAUCUGCCAGCCUCGGCCUCCGGAGGUGCCGGGAUUGCAGACGGAGUCUCGUUCACUCAGUGCUCAAUGUUGCCCAGGCUGGAGUGCAGUGGCAUGAUCUCGGCUAGCUACAACCUCCACCUCCCAGCCCCCUGCCUUGGCCUCCCAAAGUGCCGAGAUUACAGCCUCUGCCCGGCUGCCACCCCGUCUGGGAAGUGAGCAGCGUCUCUGCCUGGCCGCCCAUCGUCUGGGAUGUGAGGAGCCCCUCUGCCCGGCUGCCCAGUCUGGGAAGUGAGGAGCGCCUCUUCCUGGCCGCCAUCCCGUCUAGGAAGUGAGGAGUGUCUCUGCCCGGCCGCCCAUCGUCUGAGAUGUGGGGAGCGCCUCUGCCCCGCCGCCCCGUCUGGGAUGUGAGGAGCGCCUCUGCCCGGCCGCGACCCAGUCUGGGAGGUGAGGAGCGUCUCUGCCCAGCCGCCCCGUCUGAGAAGUGAGGAGCCCCUCCGCCCGGCAGCCGCCCCGUCCGGGAGGGAGGUGGGGGGCAGCCCCCGCCCGGCCAGCCGCCCCAUCCGGGAGGGAGGUGGGGGGUCAGCCCCCGCCCGGCCAGCCGCCCCGUCCGGGAGGGAGGUGGGGGGUCAGUCCCCGCCCGGCCAGCCGCCCCGUCUGGGAGCAAGGUGGGGGGCGCCUCCGCCCAGCCGCCCCUUCUGGGAGGUGAGGAGCCCCUCUGCCCGGCCAUCACCCCGUCUGGGAGGUGUACCCAACAGCUCAUUGAGAACGGGCCACGAUGACGAUGGCGGUUUUGUGGAAUAGAAAAGGGGGAAAGGUGGGGAAAAGAUAGAGAAAUCAGAUUGUUGCCGUGUCUGUGUAGAAAGAAGUAGACAUGGGAGACUUCAUUUUGUUCUGUACUAAGAAAAAUUCUUCUGCCUUGGGAUGCUGUUGAUCUAUGACCUUACGCCCAACCCUGUGCUCUCUGAAACAUGUGCUGUGUCCACUCAGGGUUAAAUGGAUUAAGGGAGGUGCAAGAUGUGCUUUGUUAAACAGAUGCUUGAAGGCAGCAUGCUCCUUAAGAGUCAUCACCACUCCCUAAUCUCAAGUACCCUGGGACACAAACACUGCGGAAGGCCGCAGGGUCGUCUGCCUAGGAAAACCAGAGACCUUUGUUCACUUGUUUAUCUGCUGACCUUCCCUCCACCAUUGUCCUAUGACCCUGCCAAAUCCCCCUCUGCGAGAAACACCCAAGAAUGAUCAAUAAAAAAUUAAAAGAAAAAGAAAAAGAAAACCAAGGAGAUGGGAAAACCAUGCAGAAUUGAUUUGACGAGGAAAGCCUUGGUCUCUAAUACAUGCAGUGACUAGAACAGUAUUUGGUCAAAGAACCACAUAAGCUCUGUACCCUGGAGGAAAUGUAUGCAGGCAAGGACUAGUAAAAUAAAAAAUAAUAAUAAUUAAAAAAAAAAAAAAAGAAAGGCUGGACGUGGUGGCUCACGCCUAUAAUCCCAGCACUUUGGGAGGCUGAGGUGGGUGGAUCACCUGAGGUCAGGAGUUCGAGACCAGCCUGGCCACUAUGGUGAAACCCCGUCUCUACUAAAAAUACAAAAAUUACCCGGGUGUGGUGGCGCAUGCCUGUAAUCCCAGCUACUGGGGAGUCUGAGGCAGGAGACUCGCUUGAACCUGGGAGGCAGAGGUUGCAGUGAGCCGAGUUCACCCCAUUGCACUCCAGCCUGGGUGUCACAGUGAGACUCCGUCUCAAAAAAAUAAUAAAUAAAUAAUUAAAUCCACUUGCAGUGGUCAAAAAUAAAUGUUAAAUAAAUGGGUGAGAAAUCUUGUGGAGAAAUAGACUUCUGGCACUAUAAAAAUGAUGCUUCCUGGAGAAUAAUUUGGCUAGACUUCGCAAGAAUGACAAAAAUGAUUAUAAGAAUCAGUUGUCUCACUUUGGGGAAUACAUUCCAGGAAAAUAAUGUAAGAGAAAAAAUAUUUGCAUACAGACAUUUGAGGCUGCUCUGUAUAUUACAGGCAAGAACUGGAAACUGUUCAGCUGCAGGGUGACAGCUAACUAGAUUGUGGUUUAUUAGGGGAAUGAGCCUUUCUUUGUGUAUGACAACUAUGAAAACUAUCGAGAAGAAAUAGUUAUGUGAUACAGUCAUAAUCCUCAAAAACGGAGAAUCAGGAAUUAUGAUCAAAUAGUGAUAGUAACAAGGAAAACAUCUGUCUAAAUAAUUACUGAGUAGAAAUAGGUUCGGAAUUUGUAAAUAGUCAUUAAUUUGGGAGAUUGGGGUUUUUUUUGUUUUGUUUUUUGUUUGUUUUUCAUUAUUUUGUGCUAUUAUUUAUACGUGUACAUUUCUACUUCAGUUUUUAUUAUCCAUUACAUAACAUACAUGCUUGAUUAUUUGCUUCAAGGAAAUACACCUUUAUAAGUAAUACUCAGUAACUACUGGGUUUGAGAAUGAAGGUGUCAGAACGAAUGAGAUUGUCCUAUGAGAGAAGAGGCAGGAGCCAGGGAGGAGGAUCCCACCCGGCCGGGGCUCAGCCAGGAGGCAGGGUCAUUGGGGCAGGGUGGCAGUCCAAGGAACAGCUCUGGGAAGGUUUGCAAAGGUCGGGGUCCCCCCUGCCAGGUGAUCGAAUUAUCGUGGAGUGUCUGGAAGGCGGGGGAAGUUUUGUUGAGUUCACCAAAUAACUCAGACCAACUGGAAACCAAGUGGAGUUUCUACAGGACCAACUAGAAUAGGGAUCAGCUAUCUGGGGGCAGGGGGAGGGGGCAGGGAACGGUGUCUGUCUUCAUUGCAGCUCUGUCUGCAGAGCCAGCACUGUGAUACCUCAUAGUAGGUGCUCAGUGAAUGUCUGUGAAGUGAAUUACUAUCUAGACAGGGAUGAGACUGGUAUGACUCUCCAAAGCUUUCCCACCUCCAAAACCUCGGCUUGUGGGGAAUCUCCAGUAGGGGGCACUGUGGACACGGUUCAGCAUCUGCCUCCCAAGGCUGGGCUCCGCGUCAAAAAAAAAAAAAAAAAAAAAAAAUGAGACUGAGCCAGGUGCAGUGGUUACUCCUGUUAUCUCAGCACUUUGCGUGGCCAAGGCGGGAGGAUGUCUUGAGGCCAGGAGUUCAAGACUAGGCUGGGCAACAUAGCAAGACCCCAUCUCUACAAAAAAAUUUUUAAAUUAGCCAGAGGUGGUGGCAUGCACCGGUAGUCCCAGCUGCUCGGGAGGCUGAGGCAGAAGAUUGCUCGAGUCCAGGAGUUCAAGGCUGCAGUGAGCUCUGAUUGUGCCACUGCACUCCAGCCUGAGUGACAGAGCAAAACCUGGUUUCCUAAGCGGCGGAUAAAAGAGGGAGAGAUGAGAUCGGGGUGUCCUGCUUCUGUGCAUGUGGAGGGGGUAACUGGGAACCGUGUACUGUAGGGGAUCACACACCUUGGGGUGGAAACAGCAGCUCUCCGGAGUUGCAUGGGAGCCAUGGGCAGUGGUCCUGGCUGGUGAAAUGAUUCUAGCCACAUGGCCCACCCAGGGGGCAAAACAAUAGAGACCUUCAGAAAUGAAAUGUCACCUGGCUGCAAGAAGAUAGUCCCACAGGCGCCCUAGAGAUGGGGAUGCCAAGUGGCUUCUCGGGAAGCUGUAAGAAUCCACAGGGCAUUGUAAGAUGGAGGGAAAUAUUAAGUUUUCUUUGUAAAGAGGUGAGGGGGGCGAGAGCAGCAAAGGACACUGGAAAAAUGAGAAACAUGGAUGGGAAGUGUUGCAUUGAGCAUAAUUUGGAGGUAAAAUCUCCAACACCGUAACUGAGUGGCCUGGGGACCUGAUAGAAAGCCCUGCUCAGGACUAAGGCAGAGUUCCCAGUUAUAUCGCAGAUACAAAGAGACCAGGAACAAGCUUGUAAUCACAGCACUUAGGGAGGCUGAGGCGGGUGGAUGACCUGAGGUCAGGAGUUCGAGACCAGCCUAGCCAACAUGGUGAAACCCCCAUCUCUACUAAAAAUACAAAAAUUAGCCAGGUGUGGUGGCACAUGCCUGUAAUCCCAGCUACUCAGGAGGCUGAGGUGGGAGAAUCGCUUGAGCCCGGGAGGCAGGGGUUGCAGUGAGCUGAGAUCGUACCACUGCACUCCAGACUGGGCAACAGAGUGAGACCCUGUCUCAAAAAGAAAAAAAAAAAAGAGAGAAAUCAGGAACAUCAUGAAAGAUACAGCAAAAUGUUUUACCCCAGCCCACUGCACCACACCUGGGAUUGUGACAAUUAACUUGAUAAAUUGUUCCUUUUCCUGUUUGGAACUGACUAGGUUGUGCGUGGAUGGACCAGUGAAAAGAAACUCCUGUUUGGGUAGGGAAGAGGGAAGUAGAAAACCUCUUUCGUAUUCUUGGUGUCAAGAAAUCGGAAGAGAAUGAGGGAGCAGAGACCGGGGUUGAGUGCUGGCUCUGCACUAAACAGCUGUGUGAUCUUGGUCUAGUGCCUUAACCUCUCUGAGCCUCAGUUUGUACAUCAGUAACACUGGGAUAAUGACAUCCACAUGCCCACUUCACAGAGCUGCUGUGAGGACUGGAUGAGAAAUGUAGAGAAGUAUUUCGGACACCAUAAAGCUCAAAUACAAGGUGUUGGUUAGGAAAAGUUUCAACUGACUUGUACCCACCUGAUACCCCUCCAUCAGCAUAAGCGUGUAUGAGGAUGUUAGGUACAUGUGUUAUGAGUGAAAGCUCUGGAACACCCGAGUAGAGCUUUCUGCAAAUCAGCUUCUCCUUCAGAGGAAACCAUUUUGUUUUGCUUUCCAGCAGUUACUUGAAGAAGCCUUAUUUGAAGUCACAACAGUGACUUCAGGAAUAGAAGGGACCAAUGGCCAGCUUGCUGAAAUGUAAUGCCAUUCUUAAAAGCCAGCUAAGAAUCAGACCAUAUUAGUUAAGGACCCAUAACGGUAGACGUUUAGAAAAAGUGAAAAAUGGCAAGAGUGGCCCAAUCUUUUGAGAGUUUAGAGAAAAUAUCAUUUGGAAAGGGAGUAGCUCUCCUUCUAUUUUAGCCUUAUUAUUACGGUAUCUAUAAAGCAAAGCCAUAUUCUAAAUCUGCAGAAACAAAAUUCUAAGGGGCGAAAGUCCAAGGCAGAAGUCAAAAGUUUUGCAAGGAAACUGAUGAGGUUGCUGACCUGAGCUGGGCAGGGUUGAACACGCAAGUGCCAAGAUCAAGGUCUCUGAUUGUCUCUCCUUGAAAGGUAAGCAGAGAACUAGGGCUAUCCCAUAAAUUAAGUGGGAGAUUGGAAAGGGGUGCGGACUUCUGUAUUGGGGAGAAGGUCUUGGAUGAACUGGGGCAGAGAACUGCCAGAGAGAGUACCUAGGAAUACGUUGUUAGCAGGAGAAAGACCAAGUUCAGAUGCAGACUUGGGAAAGUAGGUAACUUGACCAAAGGUAGCAAAAUUAGACUUCCCAACUGGAUUGUGAAUGCAGUUUAUGAAAUGGAUCAGGACAGGAGCAAAAAUAGAUUUUCUAGAAACUGCAGGCUCCUGUGAUUGGAGCAGUAUACAAAGUACAGCAACAUCAGACUAGAUCUCACCUGAGGUACUGGGUGAGAAAUCUUAGGGACCAGAUGGAAGAGGGCCUGUGUAUAAAGACAUUAGGAAGGAGGUUUGGGAAGGUUUGGGAGGGCAGCCUGACUUGUCUCCAGAGAAAGUUAGAACUGGUUGACUUAGCAACCAAAGGACACUGGGUCGAAGACGAGGAAUCAGGACAUCGGUGCCUAGUGACUGAGCACCAGCCCAGCCCAUUUCUCUACGUUGCCAUGGGCUAAACCCAGUGUGCUGUAAACUCUUCAGUUCCUUUGGUUAUGGAUUUUGUAUCUUUUCUGUGUUUCUUAAUAAAGUUCUUUUGAAAAAUGGGAA